GAUUCUUGCCGUGAUUCUAGGGCCAAGGUUCCUGUUGUCCAUCUGCUGGCCCUUUGGACCACUCAGCUACUGGCAUGCUUUCCAAGUCUGUCUCCAUGAGUGGCAUCAAUUGCUUCUUUGGCUGCUCAGAUCCAGCUGGGAAUUUAUCCCAGGCCUCUGCUGCUGACCUCAGCCAAAGCUGUAGCCAACUGGAAGGGGGCUCAGGUACCUGGGCAGGCUCCUCCCUGCGACGGACCUUCAGCUUCCUCUUGGGCAUGACUGGAAAGGCCAAGACCCGGGAGAAGGAGAAGAUGAAGGAAGCCAAGGAUGCCCGGUAUACCAACGGGCAUCUCUUCACCACCAUCUCCGUUUCGGGCAUGACCAUGUGCUAUGCCUGUAACAAGAGCAUCACAGCCAAGGAAGCCCUCAUCUGCCCAACCUGCAAUGUGACUAUCCACAACCGCUGUAAAGACACCCUCGCCAACUGUACCAAGGUCAAGCAGAAGCAACAGAAAGCUGCCCUGCUGAAGAACAACACUGCCCUGCAGUCUGUUUCACUUCGCAGUAAGACCACCAUCCGGGAGCGGCCCAGCUCUGCCAUCUACCCCUCUGACAGCUUCCGGCAGUCCCUGCUGGGCUCCCGCCGCGGCCGCUCCUCCUUGUCUUUGGCCAAGAGUGUUUCCACCACCAACAUUGCUGGACACUUCAAUGAUGAGUCUCCCCUGGGGCUGCGCCGGAUCCUCUCCCAGUCCACAGAUUCCCUCAACAUGCGGAACCGAACCCUGUCAGUGGAGUCCCUCAUCGACGAAGGUGCAGAGGUGAUCUACAAUGAGCUGAUGAGUGACUUCGAGAUGGAUGAGAAGGACUUUGCAGCUGAUUCCUGGAGCCUGGCUGUGGACAGCAGCUUUUUACAGCAGCAAAAAAAGGAGGUGAUGAAACAGCAGGAUGUCAUCUAUGAGCUAAUUCAGACGGAGCUGCACCAUGUACGGACACUGAAGAUCAUGACCCGCCUCUUCCGCACAGGGAUGCUGGAAGAGCUACAGCUGGAGCCGGGAGUGGUCCAGGGCCUGUUUCCCUGUGUGGAUGAGCUCAGCGACAUCCAUACACGCUUCCUUAGCCAGCUGUUAGAACGCCGGCGCCAGGCCCUAUGCCCUGGCAGCACCAGGAACUUUGUCAUCCAUCGCUUGGGUGACCUUCUCAUCAGCCAGUUCUCAGGUCCCAGUGCAGAGCAGAUGCGUAAGACCUACUCAGAGUUCUGCAGCCGCCACACCAAGGCCUUAAAGCUCUAUAAGGAGCUAUAUGCCCGAGACAAACGCUUCCAGCAAUUCAUCCGGAAAGUGACCCGCUCGGCUGUGCUGAAGCGGCAUGGGGUACAGGAGUGCAUCCUGCUGGUGACGCAGCGCAUCACCAAGUACCCAGUGCUCAUCAACCGGAUCCUGCAGCAUUCCCAUGGGAUUGAGGAGGAGCGCCAGGACCUGACAGCAGCCCUGGGGCUGGUGAAGGAGUUGUUGUCCAACGUGGACCAGGAUGUGCACGAGCUGGAGAAGGGGGCCCGCCUGCAGGAGAUCUACAACCGCAUGGACCCUCGCGCCCAGACCCCAGUGCCUGGCAAGGGCCCCUUUGGCCGAGAGGAGCUUCUGCGGCGCAAACUUAUCCAUGAUGGCUGCCUACUCUGGAAGACCGCAACCGGCCGGUUCAAAGAUGUGCUGAUGCUGCUGAUGACAGAUGUGCUGUUGUUCCUCCAGGAGAAGGACCAGAAGUACAUCUUUCCUGCCCUGGACAAGCCCUCGGUGGUGUCACUGCAGAAUCUAAUCGUAAGGGACAUCGCCAACCAGGAGAAAGGGAUGUUUCUGAUCAGUGCGGCCCCACCUGAAAUGUACGAGGUCCACACGGCAUCCAGGGACGACCGGAGCACCUGGAUCAGAGUCAUUCAGCAGAGUGUGCGCAUAUGCCCAUCCAGGGAGGACUUCCCCCUGAUUGAGACAGAGGAUGAAGCUUAUCUGCGGCGAAUCAAGAUGGAGCUCCAGCAAAAAGACCGGGCUUUGGUGGAGCUGCUGCAAGAGAAGGUCGGGCUGUUUGCCGAGAUGGCGCAUUUCCAGGUGGAAGAGGAUGGCAGCAGUGGGACGCCCCUGCCUACCCUGCCCAGGGGCCUUUUCCGCUCUGAGUCCCUUGAGUCCCCGCGUGGUGAGCGGCUGCUGCUGGAUGCCAUCCGUGAGGUGGAGGGCCUGAAGGACCUGCUCGUGGGGCCUGGAGUGGAGCUGCUCUUGACGCCGCGGGAACCAGCCUUGCCGAUGGAAGCAGACAGCAGUGGCACCACAAGUCCUGGGGUCACUGCCAAUGGUGAGGCCAGAACCUUCAAUGGCUCAAUUGAGCUCUGCCGAGCUGACUCAGACUCCAGCCAGAAGGAUCGAAAUGGAAAUCAGCUGAGAUCUCCUCAGGAGGAAGCAUUACAACGAUUGGUCAACCUUUACGGGCUUCUGCAUGGCCUGCAGGCGGCUGUGGCCCAGCAGGACACGUUGAUGGAAGCCCGGUUCCCCGAGGGCCCCGAGCGGCGGGAGAAGCUGUCCAGAACCAACUCUCGGGAUGGGGAGGCUGGCAGAGCUGGGGCUACUACCCCUGCGGCUCCUGAAAAGCAGGCCACGGAACUGGCGUUACUGCAGCGGCAACACGCGCUGUUGCAGGAGGAGCUGCGGCGCUGCCGGCGGCUGGGUGAGGAGCGGGCGACCGAGGCUGGCAGCCUGGAAGCCCGGCUCCGGGAAAGCGAACAGGCCCGGGCUCUGCUGGAGCGGGAGGCCGAAGAGGCUCGCAGGCAGCUGGCCGCCUUGGGCCAGACCGAACCGCUCCCAGCCGAGGCCCCCUGGGCCCGCAGGCCUCUGGAUCCUCGGCGCCGUAGCCUCCCUGCAGGCGAUGCCCUGUACUUGAGUUUCACCCCACCACAGCCCAGCCGAGGCCACGACCGCCUGGACUUGCCUGUGACUGUCCGCUCUGUCCAUCGACCCUUUGAGGACCGAGAGAGGCAGGAGCUGGGCAGCCCUGAGGAGCGGCUGCAAGAUAGCAGUGACCCUGACACCGGCAGCGAGGAGGAAGGCAGCGGCCGUCUCUCUCCGCCCCACAGUCCACGAGAUUUCACCCGAAUGCAGGACAUCCCAGAAGAGACAGAGAGUCGCGAUGGGGAGCCUGGAGCUUCAGAGAGCUAAGGGGGCCCCUCCCCCUGGCCUGUGCCCCCUGGAAGGACAUUACUGAGGGAGGCAAACCUUGGGGACUCCAGUCUGCCGAUGACAAGGGAACUUUUAAAAGAACUGCUGAUGGUCCCUGCCACCUGUCGGGGUCCUUGGAUACCUGGGGCCGGUCUGGAAGCUGGGGGAAUGAGGCCACAGCGCCCUCUGGUGGCGUCCAGAAGCUGCACCACAGAUGCCAGUUUUUCAUGCCUUCUUCCCUCUACUUUAGGAAAAUUUAUUUAUUUAUUGUUUAUUAGUUGUGGAGGGAGAGGGGAUUUAGAGGACCAGGGACAUGGGAACCAAGCCAUAGGGAUCGGGGGGCCUUGUCCUUUAACACUACUGGGGUUUAUUCGGGCUCCACCAUGCAGCUGCUGGGGUCUAGCCCUGACGCCCCUCCCCAGCAACCCCCCUCCUGGAGGAGAGGCAGCAGCCUUAGGGCCCAGCUGCCCCUUCCAGAAGGGCUGUGGGCGGGGCCAUGUCCUCUCCCUUUCCCCUCAACCUCUUAACUGCUGUCCUCCCUUCUCUCCAUCCUCCAUGGAAACCCCAGGGAGAUGACCUGGCUUCCUGGAGUCGAUGGAAUAGAGGUUGAAGUGGCCAUAAUGGUUUGUAAGGGGUUGAGGGGGGAAAAAAAACCCACAGGGACCAGAAUGUUAUUUUUUGUUGUUGUUUUCUUUUUUUGUACCAAAGCCAACUGCACGUGUUUUAUAUUUUUAAGAGAAGAUUAUAGGCAAUUAGAGAUCGCAGCCUUCUAUCUCCACAUCUCUGAAGAAUUUGAGGUGGGGGGAACAAUGGCUUCUUCCCUCAUCUGUACUAAUGGGGGACCUGUUCUGACCUCUUCCCCAGCCAUUUGGGGAAAAAAGUUCUAGGGUGAGUUGGGCAAUUUCUAUGAACCCUGACCUCAUCCCCCACCACAGCAACCAUGACCUGAAACCUCAGUGUGAAUUGGGGGGACUUUUUUAAUGGAUUCCCUCCUAGUACCCACCAGCCCCAGCCAUUUUUUUCUGCCAAUUUGAUUGUAAAAAAAAAGAUAAAAGCAGGGAAAAUUAAAGACCUGGAACCCCGUGAAA